CGGGCCAGAGAGCAAAGAAGAGAGGGCGAGUGUUUUUACAGAAACUUAGAAUUUAUCUUUGUAUAUCGUAUAACAGUCGCUUUUUGCUGCCGUUACGAGGAAUUUUCAUUUUCAUUUCGCAGCGGACGGCGCAGCAGUUCAGAACAAAACUCGGGGAAUUCAAAAUCGGAAUCGGAGAUUGUUAUUUUUCGCCAGAUUCGCAAAAAGCAAAUGCAAAUGUCGCCAAAAUGCAACUGCAGCUAAAAGUUGUUAUCGAGUAGUGUGUGUGUGCCGCCGAGUGUGAGUGUGUGUGCUUGGUGUGCGCUUUUUAUCGAUCACACUCCGCUCUUCUACCUUCUCCUUUCUACCUUACCUCCCCGCCCCCUCUCAGACACUCUGCCACGCUCUCCAAUCGAAUUUCAAAGCUGAAAAUCGGAAAAUUAUACAAUUGCAUUCGCAAAUUACGACGCACACACGUACGUACGUACAGCACCCCCAAAAAAGCUGAGGAAAUCACAGAAACGCAAAAUCAAAGUCAAAGAAAAAUCAAAGCGAAAAACCAGCGAAAAUCAAGAAAAUUUAAGGAAAACAAACAUUUUCUAGUGACCUCAGCUGCAGCUGCAAGUGCAAGUUAAAAAUACACAAACAAAGCGGAAGUAGGCAAAAAUAAGGCACAAAAAACCGCAAGCAAACUAGUAACGGUUAAACAGAAACCAGCACAAAACCAAGUCAAGCAGUCCAACUGGAGCUAAAAUAUUAAUAAACCAAGCUAAAGGCAGCCGUCGUCUAAUAUUUGCUUAAAUACAGGCAGCCCACGCCUUUUAUCGCUAGUGAAUUUAUAAAUUUAUCAAACUAAACGAAAACAAAAACUCAAUAACAAUUGACACACACACAAACACACACAAGCGCAACACAACUGCAGUGGGAGAGCAACAAAGAGCGAGCUUGCAAAGAGCGAGUGUGAAGAGAUAAACUUGGGCUCUCUCCUUCGCAUUUGGCAUUCGCACGCGGGCAGCGACGCCAAGCGGACGUUCCUCCUCCUUCUCCUCCUUCCGCACCCUUCGCACUUCGCACUUUCUAGCCCACAUUUUCAACUUCACCAAAACCGCGUGUGUGAGCCCAGGAGCGCCCCUAACCCUUCGUCCGUCCCACCAACAUGGUGGACACAAACAGCUCAAAUCCCGGCAUCGUGGGCGGCAACUCCGCCUCGUCCGCCAGGCUGAGGAGAUUCGAGCGGACGGACAGUGAGCUGGCCUGCGAGGAGGCGGCCAGGCUGACGGCGGAACAGAGUCCGGAGGACGAGGACAACCAGGACAACGACGAGGAUGACGACGACGAGGAGAGCGUGUACGGCGAACUGCCGCCUCCGCCGGACGGAGGAUACGGCUGGGUCAUCUGCUUCGCCAGCUUCAUGUGCAACAUGAUCGUGGACGGCAUCGCCUACACGUUCGGCAUCUUCCUGGAGGAGUUCGUGGCCUACUUUCACGAGGGCAAGGGCACGGUGGCCUGGGUGGGCAGCCUCCUGUCCGGCGUCUACCUCAGCGCCGGACCCAUCGUUUCCGCCCUGGCCAACAAGUACGGAUGCCGAGCUGUCUGCAUAGCCGGCAGCAUAAUCGCCUGCAUAGCCUUCGUCUUGAGUACCUUCAGUACCAACGUGAGCAUGCUGAUGGCCACCUAUGGCUUCAUGGGAGGAUUCGGGUUCGGCAUGAUCUACCUGCCGGCUGUGGUGGCCGUGGGCUACUACUUUGAAACCAAGCGGAGUCUGGCCACCGGAAUAGCGGUCUGCGGCUCCGGCUUUGGCACCUUCGCCUUUGCCCCGCUGGCCACCUAUUUGCUGGAGGAGUACGGCUGGAAGAACGCCCUGCUCAUCUUCGCUGGCCUGAUCCUGAACUGCGCCAUCUUCGGAGCCAUGAUGCGACCCCUGACCUACCCGAAAAAGAAGAAGCAGAAGCCCUUGAUGCAGCGGAUGUACGAGGAGAAGCAACUGCAGCUGGAAAGGGGCUCCUUUGCGGGCUCCCACUUCAUGGUGCAGCUACCGGACGGAACCAUCGAGCGGAAACUGAAGAUGCCGCUUAAUGCGGAUCCCGGCGUGCAUUCCAGCUUGAAUCUGGAGCUGCUGGCUCAACAGGCAGGCGGCGGAGGUCUGCAUCCCGUCUCCACCCUGCCCACCAUCACAGAGUCCAAAGUGGUGGAUGUUCAUCGGCAGAACGGCGCACAAUCUCCACCAAAUGGCGACAGCAAUGGCCAGUUAUCCGCUAGAUCCGCCGCAGGUGCCGUCGGCCGUCGUCCCCACAGGAACUCGGAGUCGGAGACCAGCCCGUACCACUCGCAGGAUGCCAUGACGCGGAACGCAUCGCAGCCCGCAUUCCUGGCCGGAGAUCAUCAGAGUUUGCCCAAGAACGGAUCCGUGCCAGCAUUCAACACGCGGGUGAGGAAAACCUCCGCUUCGGAGCGCUUCCAGCCUUCGCUGGCCGCCAUCAGGGCCUCUUCUCGCGGAGAUUUGGAGGCAGGAGGUGGCGGUGACUUCGUCUCCUCCAAGUUGUCGCUGUCCCAAAGGCAGGGCGGCAGUCAAACUGGCAGCAGCGGCAGAAUGGUGCGACCCAUGUCCCGCAAGGACAUCUUCUACUCGGGAUCCGUGACGAAUCUGCCGCAAUAUCAGUCCCAGAAGUCGCUGGCCAACUACAGGAAUUCGGUGCUGUCGCUGACCAAGUACGAGAAGAGCAUGCAGAGUGUGGCUAAACUGGAUCCCUUGGCCGAGGCCGAGAAGCAUCGCGAGGAGUAUGACCUGUGUCCCUGCCUGGGCAUUCCCGAUUCCGUGAAGUCCGUGGUCAACACCAUGCUGGAUGUGAGCCUGCUGAAGGAUCCCGUCUUCAUGCUGAUCGGUGUCUCGAACAUAUUCGGCAUGGCCGGUCUGUACGUGCCCUUCGUCUACCUGGUGGAUGCGGCCAAGGAGCACGACAUACCCAAGAACGAUGCCGCCAUGCUGCUGUCCAUCAUUGGCAUCACCAACACCGUGGGCCGUGUCUUCUGCGGUUGGGUGGCGGACUUGCCGCAAGUGAACUCGCUGCUGCUCAACAACUGCUGCCUCCUGGUGUCCACCAUAGCCGUGACUUUGACCCCAUUGUGCUACAGCUACGCGGCGUACAUAACCAUGUCCAUAUUCUUCGGACUGGCCAUCUCGGGCUACAUCUCGCUGACGUCAAUUAUCCUGGUCGAUCUGCUCGGCCUGGACAAGCUAACAAAUGCCUUCGGACUGCUGAUCCUGUUCAGGGGAUUUGCCGCCUUGAUCGGAACACCCUUGGCGGGAGCCAUCUAUGACAUGACGCACACCUACGACCUGCCCUUUUACAUGGCCGGUGCCCUGUUCGGCAUCUCCACGAUAACCAGUUUUCUGGCGCCCUGCUUGAAGAGAUGCAGUCCGUCCGAGGAGACGCCCGUGCAUGUGGAAACCCUCACGCCCAUCGACGAGGAGCAGGGCGAGGAUGCCGAGGACGACGAGGAUCAGCCCAUCACCAUAGUGCCCAAGAUCAUCAAGACACUGGCGAGUCCGCAGCAGGAAGAGGGACAUCCACAGUUCCCCCAGAAGACAAGCGAAUCGAAGCUCUAAGGCGAUUCGAUCGGUUGGAAACGAGAGAGAAGUGAAUUUACAGGGGGCAGUGCGGAGCUCAAGAGGAUCCGGUGAGAUAUUUUUCUAUUUACAUAUACAGCAGAGGAGGAGGAGAUCAGAGAUCGAGCACACCUAUAUACAAAGUUGAGAAGACGGAUGGAUAUAUAUAUAUAUAGCCGGUCCCACACCAUAUAUAUAUGUAUACCUUUAAGCCUAGGCAACAGCGGCGGAGGAUGGCGUGCGGAAAAUGCACUUUUCUACCAGGAAAACUCAGCUUAGCUUGCGAUAAGAUAUAGAGAAACCUUCGGCUAUAUAUAAAGUUAUACUACGCUCAUAAAUAACCGAUCGAAAACUGAUACCGAUCGCUGGUAGAUUGCAACUGUUAUACAGCAACCACAAAAUAUUGUAAAGUAAAUUCUAUUAUUAUUAUUAUUUGUUUGUUAAACCCUACGAUUACUAUAAUUACCAUUAUGAUUACUAUUAAAGAUUAUUGUGUACUUCUAAUAGUUGUUGGCCAGGCGUUAUAAAUGUGUCAUACCGUAGCGGAAUAGCCAUAUAGCGAUACAGCGAUAUAGCGAUAUAGCGUGUGUGUAAACUAAAGUGUAGCUAAGUAGAGGUGGCCCGAUUAACUUAAAGAGCGGCAGCAGCAACUAUUUCGAGAAAUGAUAAAUUGUAUAUUUUUUAAGACAGAACGCUACACGGCAAAACUCAAAGGCGAGUUGAAAACACAAAGGAACCGCAAUAAGAACUAAAAUUGUUUUCAAUUUUACACUCAAAUACAAAUUUACGGCUCAUUUUUGUAAGUUACUUACUUAACUAUAAAGUCCAGCAACAGAAAAACCAAGAGCAAAUGAUGAUUUUUAAGGCUUGUGUGUGUCCGUUUUUAACUAUCCAAACCUAUAGCCUAGUAGCUACGAACCAUAAGCAAUACGGCAAGUGCAGUUCUAUACAAACGAAAUUGUUCACGCGGCUAACUAAUUAACUAACAGUAUAAUAUGUACCACAAACAAUAUUCUAAAACUGUUUUACGCAUAAGAAUGGGGCAACAAGCAACAGUGAGCGAGUGGGAAACACAUCAAUGUAACAUUUAGAACAAUAAGUGUUGAAGGAAUGAGAAAAGCAGCCAGCAGAAUAGUAAUAAAAGAUAUUGCCAUACAUUUUAAAAACCGUCGAAA